CGUUCGGUGGUGUACAUUCUGUGCACAGUAAAACGUAAAUAAUGAUUCUUAGAAUGAAUAUUUUAGUAACGUGCGAUAGAAAAUCCCGUGCUUAUUCCAAAAUAUCAUGAUCAAAGCGUGAGAUAUAUCAUUUAGGGUUAAGUGUGCGUUAAAAUGGACAAGAAAAAUGCCAUUCGGAGAGGCAAGAGACCAUCCAAAGUGCUGGAAGAAAAUUAUUGGGAUUGCAGCGUUUGUACAUACAGAAAUAACGCCGAAGCCUUCAAGUGUUCAAUGUGUGACGUUAGAAAAGGUACCUCAACCCGCAAGCCGCGCAUCAACCCUGCACUGGUGGCUGCGCAGGCGGCAGGUACCGCGCCCACAAGCUCACAGAAGCGGCCGAGGUCCGCGAACUCGCACAAGAAGAAACGGCGUCCGCCACGCCUCAACAACGUGGACAGAAGCUCUGCACAGACCAGAGAGGUAACUGUCAGUGGCGUGACGGUUGUGAUAACAGAGUAUAAGCCCAAGAAAUCUGUCACGAGCAGCUCCAGUGACGUCGAGUCGUCCAACGACACACAACCCUGAUCUCUCGCUCCAUUUUAUCAUCAUUUGGAUCUAUCUAUCUCUCUUGCACCUUAAUCAGGUCAUUAAAGGUCAUUUGAAAUGCGGGUAGUCUGAAAAUGAGACUUCAUUUCAUAAUCAUUCAUUAUUGUAUUAAUGUUUUUCAUGUACACAGGAACUAUUAAAUUUUAAAUUCUUUGCCACAUAGCUUCGAGUAAAUUGAUUAGCGUUUUAGUACGUGGCCGCAUAUAACUGAUAACACAAUUCAAAUAUUUAAUAAAAAUCAAAAUGACUCUAGUUCUUGUAUUAUGAAUGUCUCACUCUCUGA